AUGGGCGGUGCUACAUUCCUGUCGCUGCCACGAGACAACACUAUUGGCGUCGAUACGAGCUGGACUGAGAAACGUGGACUUCAGCCAGUAGUGGAAACAUUGCAGCUCAACGCUAUCUUCUGCUUGACUCCCAUCGUCUAG